AUGAAGAAAGUAUUUGAUAGCAAUUCUAAUAAACCUGAGAAACGUUUACCACGAAUAUCAAGUGCUCCUUUAUUUGGUCAUUCGAACACAUUCGAUUAUAAACGUGAUGCAAAAUAUUUGUCGAAAAUAUUGCAACAGUGUAACACAACUAAUACAAUAGAUUUAAGGAGUAUUCUUCAGUUUCUGUCGUUGUAUACUUGUAAACAGCGUAUGGUACUUGUUCAUGGUAUUGAAUAUGAAUAUAAGUAUAAUCUUAUUGAUAUGGUACUUCAACAGCCUGAAUCUCCCCUGCGUUCAUGUACAUCAGCCAUGCUAAUUGAACCAAUUGAAUUGUAUGUACGUAAUUUUCAUGAUUUACUUACAUUGAAGCAAACCGAUAAAAGUAAUAUUGAUAUAUCAAAAAAACUAGUGGAAAUCUUAUUGGCAUUAAGUAAUGAUGAUACAAAAGUAUUCAAAGCAACAUAUACAAAUUUAUUUAAAAUUUCUGUUGAAAAAUAUAUUGAAAGCGUUGAAGAUGAAAAAAGUAUUCUAUCCCAAUUACUUAUUGAACUACUUGCAGGACAACGUUUGGAAGUACCUGAUCAGUCAGUAUCAACUGCAAAAUUAAUUGCUCAAAAAUUAUAUGAAUCUGGUGAAGGUAAACCUGGCAUUGAUUAUGAUACAUUUAUAAACAUUGUUACGCGUGAUCCUUUUUCACAAUUAUCAGCAAUAUUUGAUAUCUAUGAAGAUAAAUAUGGACGACCAAUACAAGAAGCAAUCGAACGUGAAUUUCAAGGUAAAAUUGAAGCCGAAUGUUUUCAAGAUAUGAUUGAGUAUACACGAUCACCAGGUGUUUAUUAUGCUAAAAUUCUUCGGCAAACAUUAGAUAAAAGCCCAAUUGAUUAUAUAACAUUAACAAGGAUUAUUAUUGGUCAUGAAUAUAAGGAUUUAUCUGAAAUUAAAUUAGAAUAUUCAAAAAUUUAUGACGAAACACUUGAUGAAACAAUAGCAAAUCGUGUUGAUACUGAAGAAAUAAAAAGUUUAUUUCUUAUGAUAAUUACUACUGGACAACAUGUAACAUCAAGUAAUUGUCGCAGUAUUCAUGUGGAUCAUCAAAUUCAUAAUAGUUCAACCGGUCAAGGAACAAGUCCAACAGCAUCCCGAUUGAGAAAAAAUUUUUCACAUGAUGCACUGGAUAAGCUUUCGCAUGUAUUUAAAAUAAGACGUCCGCAUUAA